CGUCGUCGAUUACCACAACCGGCAAUAGGUUAUUUUAACAAGACACCAGAAGAUCGACUCGCCGACUGGAGGAGGUGGCCGGCUGGCUUAGGCGUGUCGGGUUGGGACUUGGGGGAGGCACCGAGGCAGUAACUAAUUUCAGAAGGAGAACUGAAGGAGUGAAGAGUGAAUAUUUUUCAAACAAUGAAAGGUUUGGAAUUCUAUUACAAAAGAUUUAAACCUACACCACCAAUUGAAGUAACUCAAACAAGAAGUCCAAUUGAAGAACUUCAACCCCAACCUCCAAUUGGAGAAGCUCGAACAAGAAGUCCAAUUGACGAACUUCAAUCCCAACCUCCAAUCGAAGAAGCUCAAACAAGAAGUCCGAUUGAAGAACUUCAACCCCAAGCUCAAUUUCAAGAAACUCUAAAUGAGUUUGACACAUCAAAUCUUGAAGCCGAUCCGGGGAAAAGAGUUCCAAUCCAUUCUAUGACAAAGAAUCCGGAUGAGAGAGAAAGUAUUCGUAGAAGGGCAUAGUUCAAGAAAUUGGAGAUGACUAU